UAAAAUUUAUUCUUCUUUUCUGCGUCAGUGCUCUAAUCAGCCAUUGAAGAGUAGUUAAGACAGCUUUCUACCAUGUGGGCAAAGCUCAGACAAUCUAUCUCAGGCGACGAAGAUGAUCGAGGAGGAGACGGCUUCUUUGAGGAUGAAUCUGAUGGCUUGUGCUCUCUCUCUCCGACUCAGAGAAUGUACGGAUUCGCGGCGUGUUUGAUCGCUGGAUUGGCCUUAAUGUUCCUGUCACUGAUUGUCUUUGCUAAACCAAUCAAAUUUGCUUUGUUAUUCACGAUUGGCAAUGUGUCUGCUGUUGGAAGCACAGCCUUCCUUAUUGGCCCUGUACAACAAAUGAGAAUGAUGUUUGAUUCUGCCCGAGUUUUUGCGACGGCUGUUUAUCUUGGGUGUGUUGUUUUGGCACUCAUUUGUGCUCUCUUGAUACAUAGCAAGAUUUUAACAAUACUUGCAAUCAUAAUUGAGAUCUUAGCCCUUGUUUGGUAUAGUAUAAGUUAUAUUCCUUUUGCUCGGAGAAUGGUGUCUGAACUGAUGAUCCGUUUAUGUGACACCGAGCUUUAGAUGAUGACACCCUUCAAAGAUGUGCCUUUCACUGCUGAAAGUCCAGAGAUUUUUUCGAACUGGUUUGCACUUUUUCUUUUUGCCACACAUUUGGGAUUCAUUUGAUAUAUUUGUCUGAUAUGGUACUUGUAUAUAAGCCUUGAUCUUGUAUUUCAACUUCUACUUUUUCUGUGAUUGGAAGAUAAUUCCAAGUAACAUUUUGUUCCCAGAAUAUGCAAACUUUUCCCUGUUUUUCUUGUAAUAUUUAUUUGGGGGCUCUAAGAGUUCAAUUUAUCUA